AUGGAGAAAGGAGAAGGGGAAAAUCAAACGUCUGUCACAGAAUUCAUCCUGCUGGGAUUUGAGAACCUCCCUGAACUACGCAUUCUUUUCUUCCUUCUAUUUCUAGUGAUCUAUGUAGUCACCAUGGCUGCGAACAUGCUCAUUGUGGCACUAGUCUUGGCUGAUAAGCACCUGCACACACCCAUGUACUUCUUCCUGGGGAACUUGUCCUGCUUGGAGAUCUCCUACACCUCCACCAUACUGCCCAGGCUGCUGGCCAGUCUCCUGACUGGAAACAGGACCAUUUCUGUCAGCCAAUGCAUCAUACAAUUUUACUGCUUUGCUCUUCUACUGACCACGGAGUGUUAUCUGCUAACUGUGAUGUCUUUUGAUCGCUACUUAGCAAUUUGUAAACCGCUGCACUAUGUCACCUGUAUGAAUGGCAGAUUCUGUAUUCAGUUAGCAGCCGGAUCUUGGAUAAGUUCAUUCAUACUUAUUACCAUAUUAAUUUCUUUGGUUUCACAAUUAGCAUUCUGUGGCCCUAAUGAAAUUGAUCAUUUUUUUUGUGAUCUCACUCCAGUCAUUAAGCUCUCCUGCAGCAACACCAGUCUGGUUACCCUGGUGACCCUCAUAUUUUCAUCAAUAGACACUGUCCCCCCAUUUCUUUUAACUCUGACAUCUUAUGCUUAUAUCAUCUCCACCAUCCUGAGAAUCCCUUCUACCACUGGGAGGCAAAAGGCCUUUUCCACUUGCUCCUCUCACCUUAUUGUGGUUACAAUUUUCUAUAUGACCCUAAUUACUGUGUACAUGUUACCAAACACCGGUGCACUCAGAGCCCCAAACAAAGUGUUUUCUGUCCUUUACACUGUCUUGACACCCCUGAUCAAUCCCCUCAUCUACAGCCUGAGAAACAAGGAGGUCAAGGAGGCGCUGAGGAGAGCUCUCCAGAAAUGUAGGCUUUAG